GCAUAACCAGUCGCCGACGGCGAGCCACAGAGGCCGCACGCGUUUCAACCGUGUUUCACUUUAUUGAAUAAACUGACGAGUCGAUAGUAUUUACGUCAUCCAUCAAAGUGCCAGUGUUAAAACAAAUAUUAUGUGAUAAAAUACUUGGACUUACCCAAGGUUAACAGUGUUAGUGUUGCAAAAACUUGAGGAUCUCUAGUGUUUUUUCCCUCGUCGGCGAUCGUCACGCGCAUUGACUCGUUUUUAUAUUGGAUAUUUCAAACUCUUCAAACGAACAAAAGUUUCUGACGGAAUUGAAAAUUGGUGAAAGUGAGCGAAAUUUAAAAUUCGAACGAAUUUCCGUAUCGAAUGUUAAUUGAAAUUGGAACUCAUAAAUAAUUUUCUGUAUAUUUAUUUCAAUUUCACUUACUUUUUGAAAUAAUUUGAAAUUGGAACACGUAUAAAUUCAGUGAAAUUUUGGAUUUUAUAUUGUUUAACAUGGAUGUGAGUUGAGUGUAAUUUUAGUGUGAAAAGUGAGUGAAUUAUCCAAAGUGGCGAAAUCAGAGUCGCGUCUUGUGUUAGUGGGAGAUGGUGAGGGUGACGGAUGCUGUUCAUGCUCUGGCAUGAGAUUGGAUCUUGGCGGAGUUCUGCUGGAAGCUGCCAAACUGACCAAGUCUUGGUUUUGUCAGAAGCCUGAUUACGGCUUCUCACAGAAAGUGGACGAGGAAGAGGGUGGUGGUGGCGUAGCUCUUCACCCACCGGACGGGUUCUACUCGCACACCCACUCGAUCCACAGCGGGCACCAUGGUCACCACGCAGAGCCUGACCGCGGGUACAUGGACGGCAAUAGAUACGUCACCGCUGUUCAUCGACCCAUGCCUGCAUUGAACCAUUCAAACUCGUCAUGCUCGUCAGCCUCCAACGCGUCGACGGGUGUCGUCUGCGCGGGCGCAGCCGAGCCCGCGCCCCCUCUGUACAUCGCCGCACCCCCCGAGGGCUUCGGGCUCGCUGUCCACACAAACAGGCGUGGAACAGACGUGUCCAUCAUUGGGACUACAGGAAUUUCUCAAAAAGAACAGAGUUUACCCCAAAAAAGGGGUAAAUUGACGAGAGGCCGCUAUGAAAUGUCCCAAGACCUGCUGGACAAGCAAGUGGAGAUUCUAGAGAGGAGAUACGGAGGGCUGAGGGCUCGGAGGGCGGCUGUCACCAUCCAGAGAGCCUUCCGGAGGCGACAACUGCUGAAGAAGUUCAGUGCUAUCACGGCGAUGGCCAAGGCUGCCGACUCCACAGCUAGGCGGAUGCAAGACGGAUCAGAUCAUAAUCUACUAGUCAAUGGUACAGAUAUUUACGCGAACACAAAAAUGCAGAAGAGUCCCGCAGGCCAAGAGAAGAUGAUGGCACUCACCAGACCCAUGUGGUCCAUGUCGCUGCGAGAGAGACACGAUAUGGAUAUCAGUAACCACCUCCAACUGGACGCGCAAAACGACGUGGAAGCAAUGGUGGCCAGGGUGCAGCAGUCAGCACAUCAGAUCCACAUGAUUGCCCAGGACAUGCCACACCUACAUCGUGACGCUGAUAGCGGGGUGUGCAGUUGCUCUGUGAGUGGGUCGGUGACAAACAUUUCGACGUCCUCGUCGCACAAUGAAUCUCUACACAAUCACCAACUGCUUAAUAACACAGGCCCAAUCUACGGCAAUCUCCUGUCAUCGGGAGGCAAGCCGCUGUCGUCGCCAACGGCGCGCCAGCAGCAACAGCUGGCGGCCAUACAGGCGGCCAACGUGCGGCGACUGCCGCCGGAGGUCCCUAAGAGGACCAGCUCCAUUACUCUGAAUGCGGAAAGCCCAGUGUCGCUCCGGCGGGCGGAGUGCGGGGGCGCGGUGGUGCGCGGGGGCUCCAUGUCCUCUGUGCAGUCCUCCUCCUCCUCCUCCUCGCAGGAGCAUCGCCACCACUACCACCAGCCCUACCAGCCGAGAGGACCGGAGCCCCACGUGCACAUCCAAGAGCACUUCCAGCACCAGCGCACGGCGUCGGGCACGGUGUUCGAGGGAGACAGAUACACUGUGUGGAAGAGACAGGACGCUCCGCCGUACUACGACGCGCCCCCGCCCCCCGCCUGCUGCCAGCCCCGCCACGACCACGUGCAGAUACAACCGCCUUCUAAGGUGUCAGAAACAGUGCGCAAGCGCCAGUACCGCGUCGGAUUGAAUCUGUUCAACAAGAAACCGGAACGAGGCAUCGCCUACCUCAUCUCCCGAGGGUUCCUGGAGAACUCCCCCAGGGGAGUCGCCAGGUUCCUCAUCACGAGGAAGGGGCUCAGCAAGCAGAUGAUCGGAGAAUAUCUUGGCAAUUUGCAGAAUCCCUUCAAUAUGGCUGUGUUAGAAUGCUUCGUGAACGAGCUGGACCUGUCGGGCAUGGCGGCGGACGUGGCGCUGCGCCGCUACCAGGCGCACUUCCGGCUGCCGGGCGAGGCGCAGAAGAUCGAGCGUCUGGUCGAGGCCUUCGCGCGCCGCUACUGCGUCUGCAACCCCGACUUCGUGCAGCGGCUCAGGACGCAGGACACGAUAUUCGUGCUGGCCUUCGCGAUAAUAAUGCUGAACACAGACCUCCACACUCCCAACUUGAAGCCCGAAGCGCGAAUGUCUUUGGAUGACUUCGUGCGGAACCUUCGCGGCAUUGACGACUGUGGGGACAUAGACCGGGAUAUGUUGGCCGGCAUAUAUGAUAGGGUGAAGUCCAGCGAGUUUAGACCUGGCAGCGACCAUGUCACGCAGGUGAUGAAGGUCCAAGCGACGAUCGUGGGCAAGAAGCCACACCUGGCGCUGCCGCACCGGCGGCUGGUGUGCUACUGCCGGCUGUACGAGAUACCGGACAUACACAAGAAGGAGAGGCCUGGCGUGCACCAGAGAGAGGUAUUUCUGUUCAACGACCUGUUGGUAAUAACGAAGAUCUUCAGCAAGAAGAAGUCGUCGGUGACGUACACGUUCCGCCAGUCGUUCCCACUCUGCGGCAUGUCUGUCAAUCUGUUCGCUGUGCCACAUUACCCGUUCGGCAUCCGCCUGUCGCGUCGCGUGGACGGCCGCCGCCUGGCCACCUUCAACGCCCGCAACGAGCACGAUCGCUGCAAGUUCGCCGAAGAUCUGAGGGAGAGCAUCGCGGAGAUGGACGAGAUGGAGGCCAUGAGGAUCGAGGGCGAGCUCAACAGGGGCAAGGGCAGGGGCGGGGGGAACAAUCGAGGAGUGAUGGAAAACAGAGACAGCGGCGUGGCCGACGUGGAUAUGGAUCACCAGCAAUGUAUGGACCACGUCCAUAUGCAUGGUGUGGUAGUGCCCCCGCCGCCAUCUUGCCCGGCGCCGGCGGCGCCCUCGCGGCUGUCGCACAACCCUCCCCCCACCACCAUCAUCAAGCGAAACGUGCUGUCAAACUCGCUUGUCGAUAUCAACGACCCUGUGGCUUUGGCAGCGGAGAGACUCCAGCGGCGGGGUUCCGUGGGGUCCCUGGACAGCGGCAUGUCGGUGUCGUUCCAGCACGGCAGCCGCACGGCGCUGCACGCCACGUCGCCGCGGCACCCCACCGACCAGCGAUCACCAGGUCGGCUCUUCGGAGGUAUAUUCCCCGGUCGCACUCGCAAGUUGAGCGCAUCCGGGGUCCCCGACACAAAACACGGACAAGUCGGCAAGAGCACCGAAGUUUAAAUCGAUUAACCGUUCUUAAAAAACCGGUUAAUCGGAGUUUUCGAACAGUAUAAUCGAAAUUUUCAAGUAAGGUAUUUUAAAACGGGAUAAUUGAUUUCAAAUUUAAUAACUGGUAUUCACAAACCGGUUAGUGUUUAAAUCGAAUCCGGUAAACGAUUGAGACAUUUUUCUUUAUUCGAUCCUACGACUCGAAAUAUUUUUAUUUUAUAUUUUUUUUUUAUAAGCAACAAGUUUCUGUUUACAAUGUUUUUUUUUAUAUUUGCGCCAGUUGUAUUUUUGAAUGCAAUUAUUUUUCUUCUUAUUUAUUGAUUUAAAUAUACGUAGGAGAAAACCUUAAAAUGAAUGAUGAACGAUUUUAAAACGAAAUCAGUACUGAUUCAAAUGAGUGAACGAAAUAAUACACAGAUUGUAAAGGAGCUACUUAGUUAGUAUUCAAAAAUCGAAUUAUUGGGUCCAUGUUUGGGAGUAGACUUUUGUUAGGACGGCGUUGGUUGAACACGUUGAUUAAUAAGAAAAAGAGAUUGAACGAUUUUGAUAUUCCACUUUUAAACAAAAGUGGUUUUUACACGCGUUUGUAUAGAGUUGAAAUUUCAAUGGUAUCUGUAUCAGACUUUAACUCUAUAUGAAUUUGUAGUAACUUUUGUAAAUUUAAAAAAUGGUCCGAACACAUUUUUUUUUCUAUACUUAAAUAAUUUAAUUAUAACCGUUUUGUAUUUUUUUUUAGAUAUUGUUUUAGAAAACAGUUUGAAAUUUUAUUCUUUAAUUGAUAGAUGUAUUUUGGAUUUAAAUUAAAUUGGUUUUUUCAUCUGUUAUUUCGAGUUCGGACCUUAAUGAAAAAUAAAUGCAUUUGAAAAAGUUGAACGUACACGUACGAAGUUCUCGUGAAAUGUAUUUAACGGAGUAAUAUCAUUUGACUUGACUAACUUUAACUCACAAAGGUAAAGAGUGGAGUGUUUAAAAAUAAAUAAAACGAAAGCUUAAAAAAAACAAGAUUUUGGCAGUUUAGUUGCAUGUUACCAGAUGCCACAGAGUAUUAAAUUUCUUUAUAAUAGAGGAAUUAAUAAAUUUUAUCUUAGCGUUCACGAAUUCAUAUUUUCUUUAGAAUAAUUGUACAUACGUUGCAGAUAGACUCAAUAGGGGGGCAAAUAUUAGAAUCACAAUUAUUUUUCAAGCACAAAAGCAAUAAAAGAAAUCUAUAGGUUACAUCACUGAAUGAUUAUAUUUAAAAAAAAUACGAAUUUAUUCACUAUUGUUGAUGAUUAUUAUUAGCUUAAUAGGUCAUUUGAAGAGUUUUAAAAAUAGGCUAGGUCCACUAUAUCCCUUACGUUGUUUGGGUUGAAAAAAAAACUUGAAUAUUCGUAAAUGUAGUAAUCUAGUCUUUUCGAUGCAUUUGUCCAAAUAACAAAAAUAUUAUAUUAUAAUAAAUAUAAGAUCUUCCAAUCCUAUUCGUUUCCGACUGAUCAAAGGCUGCUUUUCGAUCUAUAUACGUUUAUUUGUCUGUCUGUUCGUAUCGUCAACGUUACCGCUCCUAUCCAUUGUAUUACCAUGUAUACCUAUGAAUAGUUCUAAGUAUUUAUAAUUAUGAUAGAUGGCCGAUCCGUGAUAUAUAAAAAAAUACUGGCAGUUAAAUUACUUUGACAAGGAUAAUAAUUGAAACGAUCAGAAUAUCUAUCUCAUGUCGUUGUUAUGAAAUUUGUUAUUAAAUAAUUUGAGAGUUGUACAAAAAUUUGUCAUCGGUAUACGAUGGCAUACAUCUUUACCAUAAAAGUGUGUUUUUGUCAUCUUACGAUUUAGACCACGGCGACGGCAACGUCACACGAAACGUCAGCUAUAAGAAAGGAUUCGUACUGAAUCCUGUUAAUAUACAAUUAGUUGUGUUCAAAGCUCGAAGUUUAACAACAACGGUAUGGUUAUGUAAAAACAACAAUGUCAUUUAUUUUGAGAAACAUAUAUAUGUUUCUCAAUUGAAAUUUAAAUGGUUUAUUGAUGGCCGUUUAAGUACAUAUGUACUUGAACAUAAACAUACUGUAACGACUUCGUGAGAUAGAAUUGUAUCCAAUUAAUCGCGGUCGGUCAAAAGUGUUGACUAAUUAAAAAUUUAACGUAACUACUUAACUGUUGACUUUUUACCGGUUAUGUAGGCUUGUUGUUUCUACUGUUUGAUACGUGGGUAGAUAGAAGAAUAAAGAAUGACCGAUUCAUUGAGAAUGGACUCCUAAAUUUCCUUUAAAUUUACGACAGAAAGAAAACUAUAAAAGCGGUGUUCGCGUAGCCACAUGAAAUAGAACUAUUCACUACGCCACGGGAUGAAAGAUAUUAGUGCUCUGCCCCAUUACUGCUAGUUUAUUUCUAAUACGAUUUUCUCUUGAAUGAGCGAAAUGGAAUAUAUAGCGAAAUAUAUGGCUUUCUCUGUCUGCGUCUCCAACUUUUAUGAUAACAUUUGUGUUAAUUUGAAAUGUAAAAAGUGAUAUUUCAAAAUUAUUUAAGUACAUUUAUAAAUGUAAUUUUUAUGAUUGAGAUUUCAUUCUAUUCAGAUUUCUUUCGGAAUUGAUUAAUUUUUACUCUGAAUCUCUUGUGUGUUACAGAAAUGUAUAGAUAUAAUUUUGAUUUUCGUAAAGUUAUGAAGUUAUUACAUACAAUUUCGACUGUAUUUACUUAUAAAAUAUUUCUGGUGCCCUUUUUACUUUACUUUUUUAUUAAAGUCUAACGAGGUGUUGAAGCGGACUUUCAAAAGUCCGCAAUAAUAAAAUAAAAUUGUAAUGCAUGAUAAAAGAAAGGAAUUGAUAAAUGUUUCGUUGCAAUUAACCAUUUUCAUGUGGUGUAAGGUUGAUAUAAUUAAAUAAUAAGGGCUGGUGUAUUAUUUCCAUAUUUCAAUAGUGAUAUUUAAUUUCGGUUUUGAAUACGGUGAUGGUACACGAUCGUCCGGACUUUACGAAACCAUCAUUCCUUACGAAUCAUUUACGAUUCGAAUUGCGUUUAAAUUAAAUCGUGGGCGUAUUUCAAGCGAUAUGCGUCGAUAUUCAAAUGGAAUAUUAUUUUGUGAUAGUUUUGACGUGGUCCGAUUAAUUUAUACAAUAUAUUUUUCAUAUCAAUUCCACCCUAAAACCGUUUUGUCUUUACAACGGUUAGUAACCUCUAAAUAUCACAAUGGUUGAUCGUAUACGUAUUUUUUAAGUGUGUAAAUUUUUAUUUAAGUAAAUAAAAUACGGGAGUAAAUAUCGUAAUGUUUAUUUCAAUCGGACCACGUCAAUUAAUUUUUGUGUGUAAAUGCUUUUGUAAAUUUCGCUUGAAACCAAAGAUGUAUUUUUUUGUGUUCGAAAACACUUGGUUCUUCCUGUAAAUUGACGUUAUGGUACAUAGAUUUGUGUGUAUGUUUUCGAAAUGAAACUACAAAUAUUAUCCUAACAAUAUAUUUGAGAACGAUUGUUUAUUAAAUUAAAUUUUGACAUGUGUCAUUUUGGUAUUUUAGUGUCAUCUUCUAUGCCUACUAUGCAUAAUUUGGAUAAUUUUUUUGAGUCAAAAUUGUGCCUCUAUCAUUUUCUAUGUCUACUGUACUGUAUAUGUUUAGUUUAGUUAAUUUUAGCUCGAGUUUUCUGUCUGUAACAUACUAACUUAUUAUUAACAUCUAUGUAUAUUGAAGAACAUUUCUAAUAUAUAUCUCUUAGUUAUAUAUAAUUGUUACAUAAAUUUAGAUUAAGCAAUAAACGCGUUCGCGUCAACUUGUAUGUUGUAUAGUAAGUUGUUGAAUUGAAACAUGCUACAGCAAAGUCACUUACAAUAGUUUUAUUAAAAAAAAAAAACAAGGAAAAUGUAUUUAUUUAUUAAAUAUGAAUUAACAUUCAUGAUGAUAGAAA